AUGGUCAUUCUUCAAAAGGUCCCUCAUGUUCGCCGGAACCGCGACAUCAAACCGCUGCUGACUCGGCGUCUUGAUCAAUGGGACAGUGGUCUUUAUGAAUCACUUAUUACCGAAUGUCACAAAGCCAUGGAGUCUUUCCUCUCGGAUCGCCGCGGCUCCAGCACACCAGAACAACGAGCCCGCCGCUUUCAGCAUCUCAUGCUUCAAGGUGAGGUGCGCCGAGCUGUCCGCUUUAUCACUGCACGUGAACAAUUCGGCGUGCUGCUCCCCACAGCUCACACUGAUGACGGCAAGGGCACCGAGCGGUCUGUCUUGGACAUUCUCAAAUCCAAGCAUCCCUCUCCAACCCCUAUUAAUUUAGCCCAGCUUCCCAAAUUCGAUGCUCCCCCACCAGCCUUUGUAGAUCUUCAAAUUACCCCUGAAAUUUCUGAACAGGUUGCUGGCAAACUAUCCGGUGCUUGUGGCCUAGGCGGCACCGAUGGUCCAACUCUCAAAAAUUGGCUCCUUCGCUAUCGCCGAGCUAGUACCCAACUUCGAGCUGCGUUUGGUCUCUUUGCUCAAUGGCAAGCCAACAACUUGGUUCCUUGGGCCGCCAUCCGAGCUCUCAAUGCCAAUCGCGGCAUGGCUCUCGAUAAAUUUCCCGGUGUACGCCCCAUCGGUAUUGGUAACAUUGAACGACGCUACAUUGCCAAAUGUGUCCUCGCUGUUGCUGGCCCCGCUGCGGCUGCAGCAGCUGGCACUUCUCAGCUUUCCGUUGGUUUGAAAGCGGCAUUGAAGGUGCCGUCCACACGGCAAAUCAUGUUUGGGAUCAUCACCUUGGCUCAUCUGACAGUCUCGACUCUGAUUUUGGCUUCCUUAUUAUAG